AAUUAUAGAAAAUUAAUAGAAAUGGUUACAUAGAAAACUUUUAAGCCAAAAAUGAACCUUACUGAGAAGGAAGAGAAGGAGGAGAAGGGGAAAGAAAGGGUGAUGAAAGAUGAUUCCCUAAUAAGUUCAGAAGGAACUGCAGAAGAACGUGGCGACAAGAAAGACGAGCUCUCUGAAGGAAUAGAAGAAAAUUGUAGAAAAGAUGAAGAGAAAAAAGAAGAAAUCAUUUCGAAACUGAAGAAUACACCUAGAAAAAAGUCCCCACCAGGACGAAUUGUGGAAGGAAGGGUUGUAACGAUAACACAGGACCGAGAAGCUCAAGUUAUAUAUUUUAUCCGAGAACAAGGAGCUCAUGGUGUUGGAGGAGAGGAUAUAUUCCUUCAUAGUUCCAGGAUUCAAGGACAUCUACCUCUACACUCUAGGUACACCCUCUCNUAUUGA